CGUCAGGCAUGAUCCGCCUUACUAUAAUCCUCUUUCUGGAUCAAUCACUCCUGUCUACUUUUGUGGAUGCACACUUCAGGGAUAUAUAUUGUGGAUCCAGGACUUGCUACGAUGUUCUCAACGUUAGUCGCGAAACAGACCGGAAUGGCAUUCGACGAUCGUAUCGAAUGUUGGCGAGUGCCACUCACCCAGAUAAGCAGAAGUCGCCCGCGGAAAAAGGGCAAGCUGAAGCACGUCUUCGAGAAAUCAAUAUAGCAUAUGAAGUUUCUAUCUUUUGGCGAUUUUCAACUAACGCACCGCUGGAUUCAGAUCCUAAUGGAUGACGAACAACGCCGGGAAUAUGAUGAAAUGUUGGACAGUCCGGAACGGAUGUAUUUUCAUUAUUAUAAAUAUUACCGGCGUCGAUACUCCCCCAAAGUGGAUGUCAGAGUUGUUAUUGUCACAAUCAUACUCCUUUACUCCAUUCUACAAUACAUUGGUCAGUGGACCAGUUAUAGACAUGCGUUGAGCUAUCUCGUGAGGGAUCCGCGACACCGAAACAAGGCACGCGACAUCGCCAACGCUCAAGGCCUCUUGGCUAUCCGGCGUAAAAACUGUGGUACGAAAAUGACACGUGAAGAACUGAAGGAGAGGGAAGAUGAUAUUUUGCGAACCAUCAUCAGCCAAACAGUUGAACUCCGCGGAGACUUUUCGAGACCAAGUUUACGUCGAGUGUUGGCAGUGCAGCUGGUGGUGCUACCGUACACUUGUUUUCAGUGGUCGCUUUGGGCAUUCACGUGGAUGUGGUCAUACUGGAUUAUGAGGAGACCAUAUGAUGACCGAGCGAAGGCGUUUCUCACCCGUCGUCGUCUCGGCCUGAGUGCAGCACAGUGGGAUGCUUUGGAUGAAGUCCGCCGGGAAGGGUUCAUGCGGAAGGAACUGUGGGUCCGCGCAAAUUACCAGGCAUAUUUAGCAGAGAUGGCGGAAGAGAUGAGAGCACAGUCCGCUGAAAGUAGUCAGUCCAAGAGAUAUCGUCGCUACGUUAAGCAGGCUGGGGGCCCUUCUCAAAUCGGAAUGGAGCAUGUGGAUUUUUGAUGUAUAUUUUUCCUUACAUUACUCUCUCUUUUAUUUUCCACGAUGUACACGAUUCUAAAACUCGGCCGUUACACGCAGGCGAUAAUAAAGGCGGUUCUAAUCA